AGAAAGAACAAUCAAAAUGCAGGCAGGGCACAGGACAAAGCACUAGGGACAAAAUAAAAAAAAAUGACAUUUAAAAUUUUUAAAUUUGCCGCCGGUUCCGGCGCCCGUACGUCCCGACGUCACAGGGACAGGAACACGGAAGCCGGAUGCCGGCAUCGGCCGGAGGAGAUUGCCGGGGACGCUGCAGGGGACACAUCACAAGAGCGAAGAACAAGGUAAGCGCUGCAGGGACUCCCUGAGCAACGCCGCAUGGUAAGCCCGAGUGUAGCUCGGGGUUACCGCUUGUGGUACUGAAAU